AUGCCUGCGAACCUGGUUACCACCCUCGCCGGUCGAGCUCCGGCUCUGCUCCGACAUGGACGCCGAGUCCCGCGAGCUCUGCCCGUCCGCUCCUUCUCCUCGGCCACCCUCGCGGCGUCAUGCCGUGUCUCAAUGGCCACCGUGAGGCCGGCUCAGUCGAAGCGCCUGGGAUCCGUCAAGGUGAUGCGCGCCUACAGCUCUGCAGCCCAGGCCGCCCCGAACCCCAAGGCCUAUCUUGACAGUGGAGUCAUCAAGCCUACCCAGACUGUUGAUGUCAAGAAGGUCCUCGUCAUUGGCAGUGGUGGUCUUGCCAUUGGCCAGGCCGGCGAGUUUGACUACUCAGGAUCCCAGGCCCUCAAGGCCCUCAAGGAGGCUGGCGUCGCCUCUGUUCUCAUCAACCCCAACAUCGCUACCAUCCAGACCAACCACAGUCUGGCUGACGAGGUCUACUACCUCCCCGUUACUCCCGAGUACGUCACCUAUGUCAUCGAGAAGGAGAAGCCCGAUGGCAUUUUCCUGUCAUUUGGUGGACAGACCGCCCUCAACCUGGGUGUCGAGAUGCAGCGACUCGGUCUCUUUGAAAAGUACGGAGUCAAGGUCCUCGGCACUAGCGUCAGGACCCUCGAGCUGUCUGAGGAUCGUGACCUCUUCGCCAAGGCUCUGGAGGAGAUUGACAUUCCCAUCGCCAAGUCCAUCGCUGUCGGUACCGUCGAGGAGGCUCUCGAUGCUGCCGAAAACAUCGGAUACCCUAUCAUUGUCCGAGCUGCCUAUGCCCUGGGUGGUCUCGGCUCUGGUUUCGCCAACAACGAGGAAGAGCUCCGAAACAUGGCCGCUCGUUCCCUGACCCUCUCCCCUCAGAUCCUUGUCGAGAAGUCGCUCAAGGGCUGGAAGGAGGUCGAAUACGAGGUGGUCCGCGAUGCCAACAACAACUGUAUCACCGUGUGCAACAUGGAGAACUUUGAUCCUCUUGGUAUCCACACUGGUGACUCGAUUGUCGUCGCCCCUAGUCAGACCCUGAGCGAUGAGGAGUACCACAUGCUCCGAAGCGCUGCCAUCAAGAUUGUCCGACAUCUUGGUGUCGUUGGUGAGUGUAACGUCCAGUACGCUCUCCAGCCCGAUGGUCUUGACUACCGAGUCAUUGAGGUCAACGCCCGUCUUUCGCGAUCUUCUGCUCUGGCCUCCAAGGCUACCGGAUACCCCUUGGCUUACACCGCCGCCAAGAUUGGUCUUGGACACACCCUCCCCGAGCUGCCCAACGCAGUCACCAAGACCACCACCGCCAACUUUGAGCCCUCUUUGGACUACAUUGUUACCAAGAUUCCUCGAUGGGAUCUUUCCAAGUUCCAGCACGUCAAGCGCGACAUUGGCAGUGCCAUGAAGUCGGUUGGUGAGGUUAUGGCCAUUGGCCGAACCUUUGAGGAGUCUUUCCAGAAGGCUAUCCGCCAGGUUGACCCCCGAUUUGUCGGAUUCCAGGGCGACAAGUUUGAGGAUCUCGACUUUGAGCUUCAGAACCCCACUGACCGCCGAUGGCUCGCCGUUGGUCAGGCCAUGCUCCACGAGAACUACUCUGUCGAGAAGGUUCAUGAGCUGACCAAGAUCGACAAGUGGUUCCUGUACAAGCUGCAGAACAUUGUCGACUGCACCCGAGAGCUCGAGGCUGCCGGUGGCCUCCAGAACCUGAAGAAGGAUCAGGUUCUCAAGGCCAAGAAGAUGGGUUUCUCCGACCGGCAGAUUGCUACUGCCGUCAAGAGCACUGAGGACGAAGUCCGUGCCCACCGAUUGUCGCUCAACAUCCGCCCCUGGGUCAAGAAGAUUGACACUCUCGCCGCCGAGUUCCCCGCCGACACCAACUACCUGUACACCACUUACAACGGCUCUUCUCACGAUGUCACUUUCGAGGAUAACGGAACCGUCAUUCUCGGAAGCGGUGUCUACCGAAUUGGUAGCUCGGUCGAGUUCGACUGGUGUGCUGUCAGCGCGACCCAGGCACUCCGACAGAUGGGAGAAAAGACCGUAAUGAUCAACUACAACCCCGAGACUUACAGCACUGACUUCGACACUGCCGAUAAGCUUUAUUUCGAAGAGUUGAGUUAUGAGAGGGUGAUGGACAUCUACGAGCUCGAGAACGCUUCCGGUGUGGUGGUUUCGGUGGGCGGCCAAUUACCCCAGAACAUCGCUCUCCGACUGCAGGAGACGGGUGGGGCUAAGGUUCUGGGUACCGACCCUAAGGACAUUGAUAAGGCUGAGGACCGUCAGAAAUUCUCCGAGAUCCUCGACAGCAUUGGCGUCGACCAGCCUGCCUGGAAGGAGCUCACCUCUGUCAAGGCUGCUGAGGAGUUUGCCGAUGAGGUUGGCUACCCCGUUCUGGUCCGUCCCAGCUACGUCCUGUCUGGUGCCGCCAUGACUGUGAUCCGAAGCCAGGAGGACCUCAAGGACAAGCUCGAGGCCGCCAGCAACGUCUCCCCUGACCACCCCGUUGUCAUCACCAAGUUCAUCGAGGGUGCCCAGGAGAUUGAUGUCGACGGUGUUGCUUCCAAGGGCAAGCUUGUCGUCCACGCCGUUUCUGAGCACGUUGAGCAGGCUGGUGUUCACUCUGGUGACGCUACCCUUGUUCUCCCCCCCGCCACCCUCGACAGCACCACCAUGGAGCGUGUCAAGGAGAUUGCCCAGAAGGUUGCUGAGGCCUGGAAGAUCACUGGCCCCUUCAACAUGCAGAUCAUCAAGGCCGACAACCCUGAGGGCGGCGAGCCUCUGCUCAAGGUCAUUGAGUGCAACCUCCGUGCCUCUCGAUCUUUCCCCUUCGUCAGCAAGGUCCUUGGCACCAACUUCAUCGACGUCGCCACCAAGGCUCUUGUUGGCAAGGAUGUUCCUGAGCCUACUGACCUCAUGGCUGUCAAGCGUGACUACCUUGCCACCAAGGUUCCCCAGUUCUCCUGGACUCGUCUUGCUGGUGCUGAUCCUUUCCUCGGUGUCGAGAUGGCCUCCACUGGUGAGAUUGCCUGCUUCGGCAAGGACCUUGUCGAGGCCUACUGGACCUCUCUCCAGUCCACCAUGAACUUCCGCAUGCCUGAGCCUGGCGAGGGUCUCCUCUUCGGUGGUAACAUCUCCAAGCCCUGGCUCACCCAGGUCAUCGACUAUGUCGCUCCCCUCGGCUACAAGCUGUACGCCGCCCGACCCGAGGUCAAGGAGUUCAUCGAGGCCAACUCGAAGCAAAAGGUCGAGGUCGAGGUCAUUGAGUUCCCCAAGGAGGACAAGCGAGCCCUUCGUGAGGUCUUCAAGAAGUAUGACAUCCGCGGUGCCUUUAACCUCGCCGAGGCCCGUGGCAAGACCACUCUUGAUGUCGACUACGUCAUGCGCCGAAACGCUGUCGACUUUGGCGUUCCUCUGUUCAUGGAGCCCCAGACCGCCAUCCUGUUUGCUCAGUGCAUGAGCGAGAAGCUCCCCCGACCCGAGGGCAUCCCCGCCGAGGUCCGCCGAUGGUCUGAUUUCAUCCACGGCAAGCCUCUGUAA